AUGUCAGAUCCAGGAAAUAUUUACCAUUACAACACUGAAGAUGGCUUUCCCACCCUAUCACAUACCGCCGUUUUCGCUGUUUUCUUUGGCCUUUUCACUGUUGCACACAUAAUUCAAGCAGGCUGGAAAAAACAGUGGUGGCUGUAUGCAACGUUAGUCAUUUUUGGUCUGAUGGAGGUUAUUGGAUGGGCGGCCAGAUGCACAGAUUCAAGAACAGGUUAUAUCAUUCAAACUUCUCUUCUGGUUAUUGCACCAUGCUUCCUCACUGCGUUCAUAUACUAUGAUCUAGCAAACGUCCUUCGCCUCUACGGCCCUUACAGCAUUAUGCCCUCCAAAACAACUGGUAUCGUAUACAUUACGCUCGAUGUCUUGUGCAUCUUGAUUCAAGCCGCGGGAGGUGGCCUUGCAGCUUCAGCAUCUAGUAGCAAUCAGAGUAACGGAGCUGAUGCAGCUGAUAGGGUUAAUCUCGGUUCUAAUGUUGUCUUAGCAGGAAUUGCAUUGCAGCUAGUUGUAGUAUUGGCAUACUCUUGCUUCCUCGGUGAAUUCGUUGUCAGAUACUACACGAACAGACCAGUUAAGCGUGAGCGCCCACCAGCAGCUGUUAUUAGACUAUCAAGCAGAGAGCAGCUCAAACUCAAACUCAGACUUGUUAUGCUCUGUAUUAUCACCACGUUGGUAAUCUGGAGAUCAGCAUUUAGAGUGGCGGAGCUUAAUGCUGGCUGGGAAGGCGAUCUGAUGAGGAAUCAGGACGCUUUCGACACCUGCGACGGUAUGCCAAUGUUGCUUUGCCUGGCUGUUUCUUCUCUCCUCCAUAUUGGCUGGUUGAAUCCAGACCCGUCGAUGAUGAGAAAUCGCAAUCACGCUUCAUAUUCUAGCGAAGGCAAACACGAACUCGUAUAG